AUGAGUAUCUCGCCUCCUCCCACACCCCCAUCAAGGGCGGUAACGGACGAUGAGUGGAGGUUCGAGACUGUCACACUACCAUGUGAGUGGGUCGAGGAUUACCAUCCAGGUGGCUAUCACCCCGUCGUCCUCGGUGACGUCUUCAACAACGGUCAGUACAAGGUCAUCCGGAAGCUCGGUGAGGGCUCAUACUCAACGGUCUGGCUCGCCUGUGACCUGAGGAAUGGCGGAUAUGUCGCUCUAAAGAUUCUUGUGGCCCAACUGCCUGAAUCGACAGCCGAGCUACACAUCCUACGACACAUCACUGGAACAGCACCGACAGAAGCUGCGAAGCAUGUCACGAGAUUGCUAGGCGAGUUUGAGCACCAUGGUCCGAAUGGCGUCCACAAAUGCCUAGUAUUUGAGCCCAUGGGUCCGAAUGUGAAUUCAAUGGUCGAGGAGCUGCCACAAUUCAAACCACGGAUGUUUGGGAUGAAGGUACGGUAUCCGCUCUGGAUGGCGAAAGGCAUUCUGAAGCAAUCAUUGGAUGCUUUGACGUUCCUGCAUCGGAAUGGUAUCGCGCAUGGAGAUUUUCAACCAGGAAACAUCCUCUUCACUUUAAAGGAUCUCCGCUCCACACCCGAAGACGUGCUCCGACAAGAGGAAGAUGUAGAAGCUGAGUCAAUCUCGCCUCCAGUACAGAGACUGGAUGGCAAGGAAGAUAAAUGGGCGCCUCGGUAUCUAUGCGUUGCGCAGUCUAUCACAUAUUUCUUUGCAAGUCCCCCAACAAACACCGUCACUCCUCUCGGCCUUCGGGCUCCUGAGCUCAUUCUUACCGGAGUCGUUAAUAACACCCUUGAUGUUUGGAGUUUUGGUUGCCUUGUUUUUCAGCUCAUCACUGGAGAGCCGCUCUUCUGCGUUCCACCAUCCGAGUAUGAAGAUGAUGAUCAUCUUCUCUCCCUUACAGAACGGCUCGGUGCCCUCCCCGAUGAGUUAUAUAGACAUUGGAAGACCUCCUCACUCUACUUUACGCCCGAUAGGAAGCUGUCCAAUUGUCAGAUUGGGGCAGUCGAUCCAGGAGAGGAACCGCAUAUGGUAGAACAGAUAUCCAUGGAGGAGCAAUUCGAUUCGGCGGAGCCCGAUAUUGAUGAGAAGGAAGCCGACGAAGUGAAGACACUCAUUCGAUGGAUUCUACAAUAUGAUCCUGCAAAGAGGCCAUCUCCGGAAGAGAUUCUGUCUCAUCCAUGGUUCCGUAACAUUGGUGCUGGGCGCAUUUAA